AUGGAAAUUGACGGUAAUACAUUGAUAUUCAUUGUUAUCAUCCUUUUUCUUUUCCUCUCGAGUCCCGGUGGUGAUGGUGUCUCUUCACAAUACGAGUUUAACCAAUUACGAAGUUUGAAAUCUCAAUGGUCAUUUGAAUACGAUUCUUUUCAGAAUAUGACUUUUAAUUCGAAUUUCCAGAAUGUUACAGGUUUCAAACUUUCUUACCAAGAUGUAUUAAGUGACUCGAAUAUUAAUGCAACUUUUCCACUACCGUCCAAGGAUUAUGACCAUUGGGAGCAAAAUCAGAACUAUGCCGUUUUGCCAGACGAGAUUAUCAACAAGGUUAAGGAGAAUAUAUGGACUGAUAGUGAUCGUAGCUCAGAUACGAAUGUCUUCCCAUCCAAUAUUCCGGGUACACUUUUAGGUGAAAUUGAUCUUGUAUCAAAUGAUAAAUUCGAACAAAUUCCAAUGCCGAUUUCCAAGUUUUUUGAGCCACCAACUGAAUUUUCUGAUACUACUCCUCCCUCUGGCGACACUUACAUGCACAAUUGGCCCCUUUAUGGUGAAUUUCACAAUGUUACUUUUGAAGUCGGUGAAAUCAGCAUACAGAUAACUCAUAAAGAUACAGUUAGCGAUAGGUUAAGUCAGAGUAAUGGAAAACUCUUCAAUUCCCAGGCGGAUAAAUGGAAGGUUUUAUCUUUACGUAUUGAUUUUUCUGAUAAGAAUGAGAACGAAAAGCAUUUUAUGACAACGAAUGCUAUAUAUGAUGUACAAAGAGGCAGAAUUUUGUUAAUGACGCAAAGUGCAAAAUUUCAUUCCUUGCUUGCCAUUCCUCAUUAUAUGGGUUUACAGUAUCAGAAUGAAGAUGAGAAAAUGUUCAACUCUUUAAAGAAAUUGGUCAAAGAAUACUGGACUGCUUCAAACUUCGUAGAAAGUUUGACAAUGACUGAUCUACUGGAAUUAUAUGAUAAUGCAAAAUUUAAAUGUGAAUACAUCGGAUUUUUACAGCUUGAACCAUGGAAUAAAUAUACGCCCGAUCAGCUUAAAAUGAUAGACGAUGAGCUCAAUUGGCCACUUGGAAGGCCUGCCAAUUUGUCAUCUUUGCCUCCUUUGAAAUUGAAAUCGGGAAUUCUUUACUCUCCAGACUGUGGUAUCGAACUCAACCUGAAUAAUGUCAAAGGAAAAAGGUACGAGCUUCAAAUGAGAUCAAUUAGAAAUCAUCUUCUCCUUGGAAUUGGAUUAUUUGCAGCCCAAAUAUACUUGUUGUUAUGCCAAAUGCAGCACACAAAUACGCCAUCAAGAGUAAACAAGAUAUCUUUUUACUGCUUCUCUAUGAUUAACUUAGUUGAUGGCUCUUUGGCAACCCUUUAUUUUAUUGCCGCCAGUGUGUUACCCCAACUGUAUCUACCUUUGGUUUUAAGUUCUUUCGCCUGCUUUAUUUUGGCAUCAAUAUUCGAAACGAGAUACCUGAUAUCAGUUUACUCCUCACAAUUUAACGAACGUAAUGUCAGUAUUUUUACAUUAUUGAGAGGAAACAGUAAUGAUAGCGAGAACAAUCGUGCUACUAAUGCUACAGACAAUUUUAUCACACCUGAUGAAGCCUCUAUUAGUGGCACCAUAUAUGGUCGUUUGCUAUUUAUGCUGAUAUGUUUCACACUUUUGACGUUAAGUUCUACUUCAUGGCCUCGUAACAUCAGAAUGGUUUUCGAAUAUGUUUUAAUAUUUAUCUUCAAUUCUUAUUGGAUUCCACAGAUCUUUAGAAAUGUCAUCAAAGGAACGCAGGGCUCUAGACAGAGAAGAUCUGAUGGUUCUGUAAGUCAACAAAGGCAGGACGAAAUGCCACUACUGUGGAAAUUUAUUAUAGGGACAACAAUAAUCAGAACUUUGCCAGUGGCUUACGUUUUCACUUACUCAUCGAAUGUUUUUAGACACCAUAAAGAUGUGAAAUUUGUUAUUAUUCUGUGCCUGUGGCUGUUGUUUCAGAUAUCUAUUCUAUACCUACAGAGUAUUUUAGGUGCUCGGUGGUUUUUGCCACGGAUGGCUAUACCGGAAGGAUAUUCUUAUCAUAGGGCUAUGCUCUCCAAAGAAUUGUUGGAGCAUGGUGUAUCAUCCAAUUUCACAGUGGACUGCUCCAUCUGUAUGUCAGAAAUAGCAAUCUACGUGGAUGAUGUUCCGGAAACCCAUGAUAGAGACAUACAAUCAUUCAUGGUAACGCCCUGCGGACAUAUUUUUCAUACACAUUGUUUGGAAAACUGGAUGAGCUAUAAACUUCAGUGUCCCGUGUGUCGGUCGCCAUUACCACCAUUAUAG